AUGCGGUCCACCGGGAGCCGGAACCUGGAGAGCUGUUGGCCUUCGAAGUGGAAAGUGGAGGCAACCUGGUUCGCCGCGAAGGUGUUGCAGGCCUCUCAGGCGAAGGCUCUGAGUCUUUGGCCGAGGAGGGCGAAGCGACUGCUGGGACGACGACGGAAUCUGUGA